AUGUCUCAGAGUGAUUUUGAGGACGUGUCCUGCUUUGGGAAGCUGAGAAGUGAAGACCUAGAGGACUUAGCGGUGGUUGUCUAUGAGUGCACCGAUACCGUUAAAGGUCAUGACCCUGACACAGAGAUGGAGUACACCAACCUGAAGAAGAAACUGCACUUUCUCCAAUCAGAUGGAGACUCUGCCGGAAGCAUAAGCUACAGACUGGCUGCAGUGUUUUUGGGUCUGCUGUGUGUUCUCCUGCUGAUUGCCAUCAUACUACUGUGGUUUAAGUUCACUGUAGAGCUUGACCAGUUACAGACCAGUAACUCCAACCUGACUGCAGAGAGAGACCAGUUACAGACCAGAUACACCAACAUGACUAUAGAGAGAGACCAGUUACAGAAAGAGAGAGAUGGACUUCUGAAGAACCUUCCUGAACUGUAUCAAAAGACUCAACAAGGGUGGAAAUACUUCAACUACAGUCUUUACUACAUCGUUACUGAGAAGAAGAGGUGGAGUGAGAGCAAAAAGGACUGUGAACAGAAAGGAGCAGGACUGGCGAUCAUCAACAGCAAAGAGGAACAGGAGUUCAUCAGUAAAGAAUUUGGCAGCACUGAAGCUUGGAUUGGUCUGACUGAUGCAGAAACAGAGGGGGUCUGGAAAUGGGUGGACGACUCAGUUCUGACAACUAAGUUGUGGUGGACGGGAGAACCCAAUAAUUAUCGGAAUGAAGACUGCACUAUAACUGGAUACAAGAAUGCUAAUUCUAUUUUUUCCUGGGCUGAUUAUCACUGUGGUCACCCUGUAUCUUCGAUCUGUGAGAAACGUUUCACUGGAUUGUAA